GGAUUUAUAGGACUGAGUCCCACUUGGGGAAAUGUUAUUACAACCUCCCUGAGAGAUGUAGAGUGGAGCUCAUAAUUAGGUGCUCACGAAAUUGCUGUGGAACAGAGUCACCAACUUCCCAGAACUCAGGAUGGACAAUGUGCAAAAGUACAGUGAAGUGAUACUUCAGCAGUAUCCCAAGCGGCAAAGAAUUAAGAACUGCCUUUUUGAAGUGAGAGUAUGCGCCAGAACCACGUAUCCCAUUAAGGCCAUAUAGGAAAGCUAUCCUUGCAGUAAAUUUAAGACAUUGAGAUGCUUAAAUUGUAUCUUAAGAUUAGUUUAGAAAAACUGGUGUCAGAAAACAAGUGCCAAAACACCAAGUGCCCCAGGAGGAACGUCGUGGUAGUACUGAGUAUUAUGGGACUUGUAGUUUCGGACGCCGCGGGGCAUUCUCCCUCAUCUCCACCCCAAUCCUUUGGGACUGGCGAGAAAAGGGUGAGUAGCUGGGCAGUGAGCUCAGGACCUGCGGGCUGGCGGAGCGGCUUCCUUGAGGGAGAAUCAUCCCCACACUCUUCCCGCACCAGCCAGUCGGGCUGCGAGGCGGGCGCGCGGUGAUGGCGUCACCUUCCGGUGUCGCCGUCUUGGUUUCCCUGGCGACCGGCGUGAGCUCCGCGCCGAGGCGAAGGAGAUGCUGGCGAGGCGACACCGCGAUCCCCUCCAGUCCCUGCAGCGUCGCAAUCAGGAGCUGAAGCAGCAGGUUGAUGAUUUGCUUUCUGAGAGUCGAUUGAAAGGCGCUCUAGAAACCAGUAAAAGGCGAGACAUUUACCAAAGAUGUUUCCAAUUAAAACAGACAAUAGAUGAAAAUAAAAAUGCUCUUCAAAAAUUAAGCAAAGCUGAUGAACCUGCCCCUGUUGGGAGUUACGAUCAGAAGAAAGAGGAGGAACACAAUCUUUUGGAUAAGCUCACCCACCAACUGCAGGAACUCGCUGUGUCCAUAAGUAGAGAAAAUGUCGCUGAAACUGGGGCGCUUACUGAAGGAGAGGACGAUGACAGUUCUGCUGAAGAAGAUGAAGAAGAUGAAGAAGAAGAAGAAGAAGAUGAAGAGGCCACAAGUGGAGAAUACAUUGCUGUUGGAGAUUUUACGGCUCAGCAAGUUGGAGACCUUACAUUUAAGAAAGGGGAAAUUCUCCUUAUAAUUGAAAAAAACCCUGAUGGUUGGUGGAUGGCUAAGAACGCCAAAGGAAACAAAGGUCUUAUUCCCAGAACCUACUUGGAGCCCUAUAAUAAAGAAGAAAGUGAGGAGUCUAGUGAAGAAGGCAGUGAAGAAGAUGUAGAGGUAGGGGAUGAAACGGCAGAAGGAGCAGAAGUUAAACAAAGAACCGAUUCUCAUUGGAGUGCUGUCCGAAAAGCCAUCUCAGAGCAGAUAAACACCGUCGACGUAUUGACCACGAUGGGAGCUAUUCCUGCCGGGUUCAGGCCUUCCACCCUCUUCCAGCUUCUGGAGGAAGGGAAUCAAUUUCGAGCAAGUUACUUCUUACAACCAGCGCUCACUACUUCACAACUGGCCUUCAGAGAUCUAAUGUGGGAUGCUAAAAUGGGCUCUAUUAGGUCAAGACCAAGUCGUGUUUCCUUGAUUCUGACCCUCUGGAGCUGUAAGAUGAUUCCUCUUCCAGGAGCGAGCAUCCAGGUUCUGAGCAGACACGUGCGCUUCUGUCUGUUUGACGGCAAUAAGGUUCUGAGCAACAUUCAUACAGUCAGGGCCACAUGGCAACCUAAGAAACCCAAAACAUGGACCUUUUCUCCCCAGGUUACUGGCAUCUUGCCCUGCUUGCUUGAUGGUGACUGUUUCAUCAGGUCCAAUUCUUCUUCUCCAGAUCUUGGAAUAUUAUUUGAACUUGGAAUUUCUUAUAUUCGCAAUUCAACUGGUGAGAGAGGAGAAUUAAGUUGUGGCUGGGUGUUUCUUAAACUUUUUGAUGCCAGUGGAAUUCCUAUUCCAGCAAAAACUUAUGAACUCUUCUUGAAUGGAGGUACCCCUUAUGAAAAAGGUGUUGAAGUGGACCCUUCGCUAUCCAGAAGAGCACAUGGUAGUGUUUUCCAUCAGAUGAUGACAGUGAGAAGGCAGCCUCAGCUUCUAGUAAAACUGAGAUCUUUGAACAGAAGAUCAAGGAGCAUGCUAAGUCUACUGCCAGAAACAUUAAUUGGAAGUAUGUGCUCCGUUCAUCUGUUGAUAUUUUAUCGCCAGAUUCUUGGAGACGUGCUGCUGAAAGACAGGAUGAGCAUGCACAGUGCUGAUUUAAUUAGUAAUCCAGUGCUGGCCACCUUCCCCAAGCUCUUGGAGCAGCCUGACAUAAUGGAUGCACUCAGGGAACCCCGGACAGCACAGAGACGUGGAGAAGCACAUGCGCAGGAGGGAGGGGAGCUGUGCUGGGAGAGUUCCUGGGCUGAGAAAGAGAGUACAUUAAAAAGGUCAGACAAGGCAACGUCCUCUGAUGGGUGUGUCGGGCAGGAGGUGAUAUUUGAAGGGCUGCGGGCACGGGCUGUGGAGCCAGGGCGCCAGGCAGUGGGUGAGAGCAUGGCCUCCCGCGACCCACCUCCCACCAUCUACGCCCAGCCCGAAGUGCCCUCGGUGGUCGCGCUGUUCCUCACCAUCCCCUACGCCUUCUUCUUGCCUGAGCUGAUAUUUGGGUGCUGGGUCUGGAUCCUGGUGGCUGCCACCCAGGUAGCAAACCCACUGUUACAAGGAUGGGUGAUGUACGUCUCGCUCACCUCGUUCCUCAUCUCCCUGAUGCUCCUCUUGUCUUAUGUGUUCGGAUUUUACAAAAGAUUCGAGUCCUGGAAAAUCCUGGACAGCCUGUACCACGGGACCACUGGCAUCCUGUACAUGAGUGCCGCUGUCUUACAAGUACAUGCCACGAUCGUGUCUGAGGAGAGGGACCUGAAAAACUACUACAUAAACACUGCAGCCUCGGUCUUUGCCUUCAUCACCUCCCUGCUCUACAUCCUCCACGCCUUCAGCAUCUAUUACCACUGAAGAAGCAGGGAGCUGGGCCGACGUGGGAAACGCUCUUUUAAAGCCUGCAGUAUCAGCUCCCAAAAGUGGGUUUCAACAUUUGCCAUCUGGCUGAUAAACAGAAGCUCAGCGAUGACAUCACUGGAUCAACAGAACAUCUUUUCAGAACGAGUGAUGAAAUCACAUGCUGGCAAGAUCUGUUUGGACAUUUUAAUUCAUUGUGAUGAAUAUGAAAAAGCUGGGAGGAGGGCUUUGUUGUUUUUUGUUUUGUUUUGUUUUGUUUUGCCUGGGAAAGUAACGGUCUCUUAGAAUUAUCUGACAAUGAACCUCGCUCUUCUAGAAAACUAACAUCUGUAAGCCCUCACUCCUGAAUAUUCCAGGUCUACCAUCAUCAGGCCUGUUUGGGGAUUCUGCCUCAGCAACGAGAUUCCCCACAGCAGAUCUAUGGGAACCUUCAUAAUUUUCUUAAAAUCGAAAUGGUGCUGUCAACGCCUUCAGACCUGAAGACCCAUAGACCUUGUUCCUGUCCCGUGGUCCUGUCUCUGCUUCUCAGCGGUGGUCCAAACCCGCUGCCCCCUCCCACGCUGCCCGACCCCCAUUCACAUCCCCUCCCCUUUCCUCCCCAGCUUUGGGAGCCAAGGGAAAUCUGUGUAAAAUCAGCUUUGAGGGUAGAUAAUAAGCGAUUGGCUCUACAAAAUUUUUACACAGCAAGACCUGGGGGAGGGGAGGAGGGGUCGGGGAGGGAAGGGUGUAACCCGCUUCUCUGUAACUGUAAGUCAGGCCGCUCUGCUCAGAGAACUGCAGGGCUGCAGGACACCUGGGUCAGACCUCCAGACCCCACCCCCUAAGGACUGGGAGUCACCCUAUCCCUCAGAAAAGACCAUCAAGGAAGCCGGCAGGACGUUACACGCCAGGAUUCUCCUCUGGGCUCCUGUCACAUGUGGGACAUCGAUGAGGCCGGAAAGGACCCAUCCCAGGGUUCCUCCUGUUUCCCAUGCAUCCCCGAGUGGUCCAGCUGGGAGGGGCCUGGAACCACCCAGCCAGCCUCCUGCAGUGAAGGGCUCCCAGGGGCCAGGACAUGCAAAUGUAUUUGCACUUCGGGGCCAUUCUCAAAGAAAAGGCACAGAGAAAUGUAAAAUCGAGGUGCUGGAUUCCCAAGUAAAUGUUUUUCAAAAGUGGGCUGUGCUGCCUGGCGUUUCUGCCCCUGUGCUGUCUGGCGAUUCUGCCCCGGUGCCGGGGUUCCAGCUGCUUGGCCUCAAUCUCUAACGUUGAGUCAGGGCUCAGCCCCUUAACUGCAUGGGCCCGAUGCCGUUUUGAAACGAAAUAAAUUAUUAUGUGGAAGGGACUUGUCUUAGCCUACUCUAGGGCUUACAGUUUUGUAUUGGCUCUUUUCUGCUCCUGAAGGGGAGGGGGAGGCAGGAGGGGAAGUCACCGGAGAGAAAACUCUGGCGUCAUUCCCUGACAACUCGCUUUCUAAUCGCUGCCAUAGCUUGAAAAGCCACCGUUCUUGCCUGGUGGCUAUCUGAGAUGGUCAUUGUUAAAUAUUUACUGAGUAGCCAC